AUGCCGCCGGACCAAGCACUUAAGGAGAAAGCGAGACAAGAUAUUUAUCUCACAGUGGUCACUUGCUCGUUGAUCGCGAUAUUAAUUGUUUUAACACUACUGGGAAACUUACUUGUAAUGACCGCGUUUUGCCUUUAUAAAGAACUACGUACCAUCACAAACUACUUUCUAGUGUCCCUUUCAAUCGCGGAUCUUCUAACUGCUUUACUGGCCAUGCCUAUAUUUAUGGUGUCCAGAAUUUCAAAGGAAAAUAUGUUUCCCGGUGGGACUGUGUUUUAUGAUGUUUGGCGAUCAAUAGACCUCAUAUGUGGCACCGCAUCCAUAUGGAACCUUUGUUUGGUCAGCUUAGAUAGAUUGCUUGCUGUCGCCUCCCCGCUUACACACUUAGUUAUACUAACGCCGUCUCGCGCCAAAGCCGCCAUUCUGUUAGUUUGGGCGAUUUCUGCAGCGCUCUCAGGGCUUCUACUUCUCAAUUGGAGCCAUAAAGGCAUUGCCAUCACUAUCAUCAGUUUCUUCCUGCCGUUGGUAAUCAUUAUUUUCUCAUAUGUCAAGAUCUAUCAGGUUACCACAAGGACAUGUGUUCUACGACGCAACGGAGGGACCCGACUUAAAAGAGAUAUUCACUCAGCAAAACAGAUGGUCAUCGUGAUUGGUGUGUUUAUAUUAUGCUGGGUAGGCUUCUUCGUAUUGACGCUGAUUCUCUCGACAAAAAAAUCUCUGUCUUACGCCAUCAAUCCAGCAAUCUUAGACAUUCUCAAGUCUCUAACUUAUCUCAACUCAUGUAUAAACCCACUCUUAUUUACAACAGUCAGUAGAAAAUUCAAGAAAGCAAUAACUGAUAUUCUGCACUGUCGGCGGGUGAAUUUUAGGAGAAGGAUAAUGCGAAACGGUAACAAAACUAGACGCACCAAUAUGAGCUCUUUACUGGAUUCAUCGUUUUCACAUAAUCACAGC